UAAACAAUGCAGUUAAAACUCGCCUGAGAAAAUUAACAGCGCCAGACAAUAAAGGAGCAUUUUUAAUCGAAAAAGAAAUAAAGAAACGAUACUAGUAACCGCCAUGUCAGUGAAUUAUGCUGCUGGACUUUCGCCGUACGCAGACAAAGGUGUUUGCGGACUCCCGGAGACGUUUGAUAGUCCUGAGGAGCUGAAGGCAAAAGCGGAGACUCUCGCUGAGUUGAUUAAAGAAUCUCAGUACUUGGUUGUCCACUCUGGAGCUGGAAUCAGCACCUCGGCAGGAAUCCCUGACUUCAGGGGUCCAAAGGGUGUUUGGACGUUAGAAGAAAAGGGUGAGUCACCUCAUUUCGAUACCACUUUUGAAGACGCCCGCCCCAGCUUAACUCACCUGGCCCUCCUGGGACUGCAGAGGGCCGGCUACCUCAAGUAUCUCAUCAGCCAGAAUGUGGACGGCCUGCAUGUUCGCUCAGGUUUCCCCAGAGACAUGUUAUCAGAGCUUCAUGGGAACAUGUUUGUGGAGGAGUGUGAAAAAUGUGGCAGGCAGUAUGUCCGAGAAAAGGUGAUCGGUGUGAUGGGGCUGAAACCAACAGGGCGUUACUGUGAUGUGGUUCGAUCCAGAGGACUCAGAGCAUGCAGAGGGAAGCUGAUCAGCACUAUACUGGAUUGGGAGGAUGCUCUUCCUGACAGGGACCUGAACAAAGCAGAUGAUGCAAGCAGACGAGCAGACCUGGCGCUGACUCUGGGCACGUCGAUGCAAAUCAAACCCAGUGGAGACCUCCCACUCCUCACCAAACGCAAGGGAGGGAAAAUAGUUAUUGUCAACCUGCAGCCAACCAAACACGAUAAGCAUGCACACCUGCGUAUCCAUGGUUACGUGGACGAUGUCAUGAAGCAUCUGAUGGAGAUGCUGGGAUUGGACAUCCCAAAAUGGGAGGGACCGACUGUCUGUGAGACGUCCAAGGCCACGUCUGAAUCCAGCGACGAUAUCAAACCACCACGAGGUGUUGUCGCAAAGGACAAGGUGAAAAAGGAGCCUAUUAAGAAGGAGAGGAAAAGAGAAGCAACUCAGCCAACAGAUGAUGUGAAGGAGGACACAGUUUCUGUAAAAAAGGAGAGAGCUGACUCUGCAGUGGAGAUAAAUGAGGAGAAAUAGCCUCAGGUACUUUUCUCUCACAAUACGUUCAUAGCAGAAACUAGCCCAGAAACAAAGCUUACAGCUGUGGGCGAUAUGUUUGAUCAAUAUCUUGGAGAACAGAGGUUUGUUUCAUCUUCUGGAACAAGGACUUUUCUCGUACUGUAGUGGUUUUCUUAAGAUUUCUGACACUCCCUUCACAGCCACGAGAGCCAGCAAGUCUCACAGAUUGACCUCCUCUCAUUAGGUGGACGCUUGAUGAAAAAUGUUGUUUUUGCCUAAUAGGAAAAGUUGUAACUGGGAUCUCAACGUUCCUCCUUUGCAUGUUAUGUAACUUGGAGCUUGACUUUCGAUGGAGAACCAGCCUUUUAACAGACAGAAUAAUGAGAUGAGAUGUGGAGCACAUCAUUAUAAAUAACAUUUUUAAUAAGGUACCUUAUUAAAAGCUUUAUUUAUAGCCAUGCGCUCCAGAUCAUGUCCCUGCAGAUCUUGUCUUUAAAGACUAUUUGGUUCGAUAUGUCAUGAAAAGGAAUGUCAAGAGAGCAUCUCCAAGACUGAUACAGUUCGGGGGAAUUUUAGGUCAAAUCUGAUUUUGGGUCGCAAAGUAAUCACGCUGUACAUUUCUAGGAAAAUAUUUUUAUCUCAGGAAAAGUCUGUGUACUCCCAUGGAAAAUGACACGUCAGAGUUUUUUUUUGUUGUUGUUGUUUUUUUAAAAAUAUUCUUUACGGUUUAAUUACAUUUUGCAAUAAACAAUAGUUUUGUGUUAGCA